AUGACGAGCUCCGAAAUUGAGUUAAACCGUGUCGAAAACAGCGAAGAAGUGGACGACAUAAACGAUGCGUUUGAAGACAUCUUUCUAACCGAGGAACGCAUAAUCGGUGAAUACUUCCACCAAGGCUUGGAAGACGGCCGGCUAGAAGAAUCUGUGCAGGAGGCAGAAGAUUACGGUUACAAGAAAGGAGCAGAAAUUGGACGUGAAAUUGGUUUUUACCACACUAUUGUGACGACGAUUAUAUUCCAACCAGAGUCAGCACCCAACGAGAAAGCGCAAUCCAUUCGGCAGGAACUGCUAACUGCACUGGAAAAGUAUCCCCGCGAGAACGAUCCGGCCGUUGAUUUGUUGCACAAUUUGCAACAGAUACGGAACAAAUUUCGACGGCUCUGUGCACUGCUUAAACUUCCCUACAAAUACACACACCCGAAUGAUCUUUCGUUUUAA